AUGUCGUCCGCCGCUACCGAAGUGCCUGCUGCCGCGCCUGCAACAGCCCCGCUGGCCGCGGGCAUGCGCAAAAACGGCAAGAACUGGCAUGCCACCAAGAAGGCCUUCCGCCCUAGCGCCGGCUUAACCUCAUACGCUAAGCGUCAGGAGGUACGCAAGCAACAUGAAGCCAACAAGGACCGUGAACGUGAGAUGAAGGAGGAGAAGGAGGCCGAGCGUCAGGCCCGUAUCCAGCGCAUCAAGGACCGACGAGCAGCCAAGGAGGAGAAGGCUCGCUAUGAGAAGAUGGCUGAAAAGAUGCACCACAAGCGCGUCGAGCGCUUGAAGCGUCGCGAGAAGCGCAACAAGCUGCUCAGCUCUUAA